CACUACGCACUAUAUGUUUAACCGCACACUUUCUUCAUCAAGAUCUCUGACAACAAUAUCCACCUUAUGCAUUAAUUUUCCUUCUAAAAACAAAACUCAUCACUCUAUACCAAUAUUAUUUCCAGUAACUCAGAAAAUCUCCUCCAAAUAUUUUCCCAAUAAUAACUUGUUUGUAAGAAUGGCUUCCGGUGAACAGAAAUUCCCACCACAAAAACAAGACACACAACCUGGGAAAGAACAUGUUAUGGAUCCAUUACCCCAAUUCACUAGCCCUGAUUACAUGCCAUCAAAUAAACUUCAAGGAAAGAUUGCUGUAAUAACAGGGGGUGAUUCAGGGAUUGGAAGAGCAGUGUGCAAUUUAUUUUCCUUAGAAGGUGCUACGGUGGCAUUCACAUAUGUGAAGGGGGAUGAAGACAAGGACACAAGGGACACGCUAGAAAUAAUCAAGAAUGGCAAGAGUACGGAUGCGAAGGAUCCAAUGGCUGUGGCAGCUGACUUGGGUUUUGAUGAGAAUUGCAAGAGAGUUGUGGAUGAGGUUGUCAAUGCAUAUGGUCGCAUUGACAUUCUCGUCAACAAUGCAGCUGAGCAAUAUGAGUGCUCAUCAGUGGAGGAGAUUGAUGAGCCAAGGCUUGAGAGGGUGUUCCGGACAAAUAUCUUCUCCUAUUUCUUCAUGACAAGGCAUGCACUGAAGCAUAUGAAGGAAGGUAGCAGUAUUAUUAACACAACAUCGGUGAAUGCAUACAAGGGAAACGCAAAACUACUGGACUAUACAUCAACCAAGGGUGCAAUUGUGGCAUUUACAAGGGGCCUAUCCCUUCAGCUGGUGAGCAAGGGAAUAAGGGUGAAUGGGGUGGCACCUGGACCCAUAUGGACUCCAUUAAUACCAGCAUCUUUCCAGGAGGAAGAAACUGCUCAAUUUGGUGGACAGGUUCCUAUGAACAGAGCUGGCCAGCCUAUUGAGGUUGCUCCCUCUUAUGUCUUUCUUGCCUCCAAUCAAUGCUCCUCUUAUUUUACUGGACAAGUCCUUCACCCCAAUGGUGGAACCGUUGUUAAUGGCUGAACAAAAAUAACAAUAGGGUAGUAAAGUAGUAUGGUACAAAAUGUGUAACUCUCUCUCAAGUCUGAGCCCCUCUGAAAUUGUUAGAGAUGGGGUUUGGGAGGAUUUUUUUAUUUCAUGUAGAAACCUAAGCAAAUAAUAUGUAUUUUUUGAAGAAAUGCAUGUAAAAGUAAAUGCAGAUCAUUAUGUAUUAAGACCAAAAUACCUCUUGACUCUUGUUAAUACUCAGAAAAUGAGGGACGAAAAUAUGUCUAUUCCUCAAAA